AUGGCUGCAGAUGAGGAGGCGAAGGAGACAGUGCAGGUCUCAAAGAAGCAGGCCUUGCAACUCAUUGUUGCGACCUCGGCUAAAGAGAAAGAGUUGGAGCUAGUGAAAUCGUGCCGGUCCCGCUGGCAAGAUAGAGCAGAGGACACCGAAGCUGCUGAGCUGCUGAGUUAUGGCCCUGGGGCUCCUAGCUUAGAAGCUGAGGCCCUGCUACGCUAUCCACCCGCCAGAUGGUCCGGCUGGGGCUGCAGCUUGUCAUGGCUCGGCAAGGCCUUGGGCUGUUGCCGAGAAGCUGAAAGCUGGGCCGAUUUGCUGUUCUCAACCCGAGAUGUCCCGGUGUCGCAACUCUGGCCCAACUUUGCAGGGCCCUACAUGCCAGCAGCAGUUCCAGGGCUGGGAUUGAGCAUUGCUCGAUACAACGUGGGGGGCUGCGGACGACCCGAAGAGCAGACAGGACAUCCCUAUGGUGGGAGCAAAGUGCGCGGCUGGUUUGCUUUGAUUGAGGGCUUCCAACCAGUUCCCAAUGGUGAAUUUGAUUGGACCAGAGAUGAAGGACAAAGAAACUUCCUGCAUUUGGCGGUUGAACGAGGAGUAGAUCAGGUUGAGCUGUUUGCCAAUGCCCCAAUGUGGUGGAUGAGCAACAGCAGUAGUUCUUUUGGAGGCUCCCUGGCCCAACCUGAUGACUUUGCCAACUAUUUGGGUGAGGUGGCAUCGCAGGCGAGGAGUGGCUGGGGGGUGCCGGUUCGAUCUGUGGCCCCUUUCAAUGAGCCCUCAGCUGAUUGGUGGAUGUUUCCGCAUGAUCAGGAGGGAUGCAAGGUGAAUUCAUCACAGCAAGCUCGGGUCAUUGCGAAACUCCGCGAUGAAUUAGAUCAAAGAGGGCUUAGUGAUGUAGUGAUUGCAGCAAGUGAUGAGAAUCGACCUGAUCAAGCAAUUCGAACUUGGCAAGAGCUUGGAAAAGCUGAUGUUGCGGGUGGACCUAGUGGAAGUUACGUUGGCUGUUUGAACGUGCAUGCCUACGAUGGCUUGGAACCAUGGCUGGAGUCCCGGCACCGCGGCUUCCGAUCUGCUCUCCGCAGGAUUGCCACGGUGGCGGGAGUCCCUCUCUGUGUUUCUGAACAUGGAAAUGCAGAUAGCAGUGGUGUGACUUUGGCCCAAGUCAUUCUGGAGGAUUUCCACUAUUUGCAACCAGCAUCUUGGUGCUACUGGCAGCCGGUUGAACACCAUUCCAGUUGGGGACUGGUUGAAGCAGACUUUGGUGAUGCACCUUCACAGGAGCCCAAAGCUGCCGACUUGCCACAUCCGAAGUACUACAUCUUUGCGCACUUUACGCGCUUCAUCAGACGUGGUAUGGUCAUGCUGCAUUGCUCAGAACCAUGGGCUGCAGCCUCUUUUGCACCAGAGGAGAAUUCCUUGGCCGCGGUGAUCACCAAUCCAACUUUGGGCACCAGCAAGCAGCGUCUUCGAUUGUCGGCUUUUGUUCCCAAGGGCCGUGGAUCUGAACGACGAAUCCAAGCUGUUUUGACUGAGCCGAACCGGAGGCGAUUGUUUGUGCCUUGUGAAGUGGAGGUUCAAGAAGCCGCAGGUUGUCUAGAGCUACUCGUAGAACUUCCAGCACGAUCUAUUUGCUCCGUUCUCCUUCCGAAUGUGUGCUUGAGUGGAACUGAAAGUAAAUCACUGGUCGAAAGCACAAGCACAAACAUGGAUGGUGUUGACAGUCCCGGAGCUGCUCAAGCUGGAAAGCUGCGGAAGCACAGCCAUGACGAUCAGUUGGGUGUCACCGUCCAAAUGGUUUCAUCUAUGGCUCGUGCGGCCGCUGAAGGUGCAGCUUUGGAGCGCUGGUUGGGCCAGGCCGAUUUGCAAACGGUCCGAUGCUGGUCUCGUUGGGAGCACGAAUGUGGUUGUGCUGCCACAGCAAUGGACGCCAUACCACCUGCCUUGCCAUCAGCUGACUCGGGAUUUUCUGAUCUGUUGGAAGCUGUGUGUGCGGCUGCUUGGGGUGCUGAUGUGACGGUCAAAGGUUCCAAGAAAAAUGUUGCCAAGGCCUUGACGAUGCUGAAGGUCUUGGUGGCCUUCAAAGAAGCUGCCUCUCCUGAGGAACGUGGUCUAUGUCAUUGGUUUGCCUGCGGAUUUUGCCGAGAUGGGCAGGAGGGUGAGGACGGUUGCGAGGCUGGCUUGCACUGCUCAAAGAUCAUCUCGGAAACACAGGCAAACUGGCUCUCAAAAGCGCCGAAGCAGGAUGAGGUUUCCAAGGUGAAGGCGCGUCCGUUGCUCCUGGUGGUUUCCUGUGGUGGUGCUGGACCUCCAAUGCUCUCAGCACCACCAGGCCAGGCUACGAACGGUGGCCCGGGAUUUUCGGGACCUCGUCCGGCUGCUGGCGGUGGCAUAGGGUGUCCCGAGGAAGACCUCCUUGAGUUAUGUAUGGUUGCUGUGGAUUGGUCAGCGGGCUGCGAGGUGAGCCGUUUUCAUCGCUUCGUGCGGCCCAGCAUGUGGGAUCAGCAAGACGGUCAGAUGCGGCAGGCGCACCCCGCAGCAUGCUUCGCAGAUAAACCUGUGGCAGUUCUCUUUCCUGACGUCCUGGCAGAUCUUCUUGACUGGCUGCCACGAAUGUUGGGAGUUUCCAUGGACGAGAUGCUCCCUGAAGAUAUCCUCUUCGUGAGUCCAAGGGACUUUGAAGUGCAGUCCUUGUUGCCAAGGCGGUGUUUCCAGGGUGAAGUGGACUACAAUUUGCAGGACUUCUUCUUCCGAAGAUGGUGCUGCUUGAAGGAUGUUUUCCGAGAAUAUUUUGCGCUUCCAAAUGAGGCAGCCCCCAACGGCUUGGGUUCUAUGGCUCGUUAUCUUGGACUUCCUCCAAGUGACAAGGUCCGACGCACCUUUUGCCUGGACGAGAAUCUGCUGGUGGUGCGAAUUGUCAUGGAGUUGCUGAAGAAAGGCUGGAAGCCAAAAGAGACCGCAUGGCGACAGGCUGUUGCCGCUCCAACGACAUUCCUCCUUCCCAGACGUGGAGACCUCCCAGAGAUGGAGCAAAAUGGCCGAAAGCGAGGCUAUUGGGAGAUGGAGGCCCCAGCACCACCGCCGAUGGAAAAGAUCAUUCCUAAACUGCCGCCAACAGCAAAGAUCGUUGGCGCAACAGCAAAGGUUGCUCCAAAACCUACACCUCCAUGGCAGAGGCCUGCGCAGCCUACGCCCCCCUGGGCCUCGGUGCCUCCGCCACCGGCAGAGCCCUGGGUCGAGCCAACGGACGCCACCGAGGUGGGAGAGGCGGCUGAAGCCGAGGCCGUGGAGGCCGUGGAGGUGGCCAUGGCGGAGCCGGUGGAGGCACCGGAGGAGGCACCGGAGGAGAAUUACGACCCCGGCUACGACGAAACCGGCGAAAGCGCCUACGACCCCGGCUACGACCCCGGCUACGACCCCGGCUACGACCCCUGCGCCGCGGAUCUGGAUGGGGUGGAAGCUCUGCAGCAACUGCUGGCACCGCUAGGCAAGGCUGGAGAAGCUGAAACGGCGCCGGAAGGCUUUGAAUGA